GGGGGGAACGGGCUCAGAUCAAGCUUGCGGCGGCCAUUGGCUGUGCGGCGGGAGGGAGGCGGGGCGAGGCCUCCGUGUGACGUCAGCACGCCGCGGUCGGGACGUCGGAGCCCUAGGAAGACAAGAGCCAGCCGGGUCGGGAGCGCUCUCGCGGCCGUGUUGCUCUCGCCUUGGGCCGCUGCUGACGAUUCCCGGGGGCGAUCGGCCGAGACAGUGAAAAAGCAGUCUGGCUCCCGAGGUCCACCCCUUACACCCCAAGGUCCAGAUGGCGGCCAACGUGGGUGAUCAACGGAGCACAGAUUGGUCCUCCCAGUACAGCAUGGUGGCGGGGGCAGGCAGAGAGAACGGCAUGGAGACGCCCAUGCACGAGAACCCAGAGUGGGAGAAGGCCCGCCAGGCCCUGGCCAGCAUCAGCAAAGCAGGAGCUGCUGGCAGCUCUGCCAAGGCCAGCAGCAAUGGGCCGGUGACCAGCGCACAAUACGUGUCACAGGCAGAAGCCUCGGCCCUGCAGCAGCAGCAGUACUACCAGUGGUACCAGCAGUACAACUACGCCUACCCUUACAGCUACUACUACCCCAUGAGCAUGUACCAGAGCUACGGCUCCCCCUCCCAGUACGGGAUAGCCGGCUCCUACGGCUCAGCCACACCCCAGCAGCCAUCGGCACCCCAGCACCAAGGGACUCUGAACCAGCCCCCGGUCCCCGGCAUGGAUGAAAGCAUGUCCUACCAGGCCCCCCCUCAGCAGCUGCCAGCAGCCCAGCCCCCUCAGCCCUCCAACCCCCCGCAUGGGGCUCAUACUCUGAACAGUGGCCCGCAGCCUGGGACAGCCCCAGCCACCCAGCACAGCCAGGCAGGGCCCGCCUCGGGCCAGGCCUACGGGCCGCACACCUACGCUGAGGCUGCUAAGCCCAAGAAGGGCCAACAGCUCUGGAACCGCAUGAAGCCAGCCCCGGGCACUGGUGGUCUCAAGUUCAACAUUCAGAAGCGGCCCUUUGCUGUCACCAGCCAGAGCUUCACCUCCGCCACGGAGGGCCAGCACAGCAGCUUCGGCCCCCAGCCCAACCCGGAGAAAGCCCAGAACCACAGGGGGGGCCUGUCCGGGAAGCCCGACGACUGGCCGCAGGACAUGAAGGAGUACGUGGAGCGCUGCUUCACAGCCUGCGAGUCGGAGGAGGACAAGGACCGCACGGAGAAGCUGCUCAAGGAAGUGCUGCAGGCACGGCUCCAGGACGGCUCGGCCUACACCAUCGACUGGAGCCGGGAGCCCCUGCCGGGGCUGACUCGGGAGCCUGUGGCUGAGAGCCCCAAGAAGAAGCGGUGGGAGGCCCCUAGCAGCCUUCACCCUCCCAGGGGGGCAGGCUCAGCGACACGGGGCGGGGGUGCCCAGUCCCAGCGAGGGACACCAGGGGCUGGGGGUGCUGGCCGAGCCCGGGGCAGCAGCUUCGCCAAAUUUGGCAACCGCAAUGUCUUCAUGAAGGACAACAGCUCCUCCUCCAGCACGGACUCUCGCUCCCGCUCUUCCUCCCGGUCCCCGACCCGCCACUUCCGCCGCAGUGACUCCCACUCGGACUCCGACAGUUCCUACUCAGGGAAUGAGUGUCAUCCUGUGGGUCGCAGGAACCCGCCCCCCAAGGGUCGCGGAGGUCGGGGGGCCCACAUGGAUCGGGGCCGAGGCAGGGCGCAGCGUGGGAAGAGGCACGACCUAGCUCCCACCAAGCGCAGCCGCAAGAAGAUGGCGGCGCUGGAGUGCGAGGACCCCGAGCGAGAGCUGAAGAAGCAGAAGCGGGCGGCCCGCUUCCAGCAUGGACACUCCCGCCGCCUGCGCCUCGAGCCCCUGGUGCUGCAGAUGGGCAGUCUAGAGAGCAGCGGGGCUGACCCUGACUGGCAGGAGCUGCAGAUCGUGGGCACCUGCACCGACAUCACCAAGCACUACCUGCGCCUCACCUGUGCCCCCGACGCAUCCACCGUGCGCCCCGUGGCCGUUUUGAAGAAGUCAUUGUGCAUGGUCAAGUCCCACUGGAAGGAGAAACAGGACUACGCCUUCGCCUGCGAGCAGAUGAAGUCCAUCCGGCAAGAUCUGACGGUGCAAGGCGUGCGCACCGAGUUCACAGUGGAGGUGUACGAGACGCAUGCCCGCAUCGCCUUGGAGAAGGGUGACCACGAGGAGUUUAACCAGUGCCAGACGCAGCUCAAGUCGCUGUACGCUGAGAACCUGCCCGGCAACGUGGGUGAGUUCACGGCCUACCGGAUCCUGUACUACAUCUUCACCAAGAACUCCGGAGAUAUCACCACAGAACUGGCAUACCUGACGCGGGAACUGAAGACAGACCCCUGUGUGGCCCACGCCUUGGCGCUCAGGGCAGCCUGGGCUCUGGGCAACUACCACCGCUUCUUCCGGCUCUACUGCCACGCGCCCUGCAUGUCUGGCUACCUCGUGGACAAGUUCGCAGACCGGGAGCGCAAGGCUGCUCUCAAGGCGAUGAUCAAAACGUAUGUGAAGCUGAGCUCUCCCCCGGCUCUCUGCGCUGCCGGCCCUGCCACCGCCGCCCUCCCCUCACAGCCCCAUGUGCUCCUGGCCAUCAGGCCUCCAACUCCCAUCCCCCCCGUCUCCUCUGGGCGCCCUCCCUCGCGUCCUGGUCCUCUCUCCCCGUCUCGUCUUUCCACUCUCCGCCCUCCUCCACUCCCCCUUCCCUUCGCACAGCCCACCCUGUUCCGGGCCGUUCUCUACCUCAGUGCUCCGGGGGUCACUCUCUGUCCCUCUGCUCUCUUCCUCCUGCUCAAGUCACCCUGGUCUCUAGUUUGUUUUCUCCUUGCUCUGGGCUCUUGGCUUCCUGCCUUGAGGUCCCUGCCUUUCUUUUGCGGCUCUCCUGUCACCGAGCUCCUGCUCUGUAGAGACAAACUAGUAGGAUGGCCCUGCUCUUGGCAGCUUCUGGUCUAACAGGACAGGGCCCCGUUCCACUUGAGCUCCUUCGAGAGUGCAGAAAAUGUUUAGGGAAACAGGCGUGACACAGGGGCCAGCCAGACCGGGGGCG